AUGUCAGAUGCGUCAGGCCUCCCCCGACCGGCGGCGCGUGCCGAGCAUGUUGGCGCUUGGGAUCAGCAAGAGCAAGUGCUCCUAAUCCAUGCUGGCAGCAAUCUCGAAGGAGAUUUGUGGUCGUUCGACGCGGCGUCUGCAACAUGGACCCGGACAAUGAAUGGCGGCUCGCCGGCAGCACGUGCUUUGCAUGCUGCUGAUUGGGAUUCUACCAACGGGGCGCUUUGGGUGCAUGGCGGGUACAACAGCCAAACAGCGACCUGGUUUCGAGAUGUUUGGAAGCUCCAAUCCGGGACAUGGAGCCUUGAGUACAACGACGUUAUUGCUCCAUGUGGAAGGCAGGCGCACGUUGCCGUUUGGAUAUCGAGCACUUCCUCCCUUUGGGUGCAUGGUGGCUGGACAGGCACGAAGCGGUGUUCAGACUUGUGGAGCUACAACACACAUGCACGCAGCUGGCAGAAAUUGGAACCGCUGGCACCAGGCGGGGCUCCGCCAGCCCGGUCGCAUCAUGUGGCGGCAUGGGACGGGGCAGGCCAGACGCUCUGGAUGCAUGGUGGCUACAAUGAUGCUCUGUUGGGAGAUUUUUGGAAAUUGACUUUGGAUGCUUCCACUCUCAGCUGGGCACCAGUCUCAGCUGGCGGAGGUCCGACGGCGAGAUCGGGACAUGCGGGAGUGUGGGACGCCACAGGGCGCAUGUUCUGGCUGCACGGCGGCAACGACGGUGUGCUGCAAAGAGACCUUUGGAGAUACGACUCGAUCGGCGACACAUGGAGUCUGAUUGCGCCGCAUGCUGGUCCUUCUGGACGCUGGUCUCACGUGGCUGCCUGGGACGGCACGAACCAGGUUAUUUACAUUCACGGCGGGUACAAUGGAAGUGUCUGCGGGGACCUCUGGUCGUUUUCCGUCACCACGACGUCGACGACACACACCUCAAGCUUGACUUCCACGUCAAGCAGCCAAACUUCAACUUCCAGCAGUAUCUCACGAACCAGCAGCAGCACCAGUAGCAGGAGCAACACAGCUACAACAUCCAGAACAGGAACAACCAGCACGAGCAUGUCAUCUACUUCCAGUUCAACGACCUCGAGUUCGUCAAGCGGCAGUUCCAGCAGCCAAAGUUCCAGCACCACCAGGAGCACAACCUCGACCUUGACAUUUAGCACAUCCCACACGACAACCUCCAGCAGCACUUCGUCAUCGAGCACGAGCAACACCCACAGCACAGCGACAGCUACGUUUUCUACUUCAACGACAGCUACGACCACCAGCACAACCGAGUUUUGCAUCCCCAUUCCUUGGCCGGAUUGGCUUCUGGCUGCCCUUAUCGGGGUCAUCCUUCUGGUUUUGGGCGCUGUGUGCAGCUUCUCUAGCCUUGAGGCGAUCCAGCCUUUCGUGUCUUACACAGACCGGCCCCGGGAGCCACAGUUGCUCCAGAAGAGAAGAGCUCGAAGGACUCAGGAUGCCCCUGUGUUUGCACGGCUGGGACCUUGCAGAUCACCACGUGCUCCGCUGGUUAUUCUUGUUCACUUCCAGGGUGCUUCACCGGUUUCUCCGAGGAUGUGGUUGGUUCCAGAGUCAGCAGCUUUCCUGUCCCAGGUGUCCACCAUUACACGACAACACGGGCACGAGCCGCAGCCAUCACCCAUGCUACCGGAUCUGCCACCUUGUGGCUCGCCCAGGCAGUCCAGCGAAUGCGUGCCAGCCCGAAGUCAAGUUGUUCCACAAGACAGCAUAGCACGUGUACUCUCGCCCAGACUUCCUCCAACCUUUGCGCCGAUGCCGCCUCUUCAGCAGGCCGGAACCAUCCGUGCACCAAGCACCCCGCCUGUGACUGCUUGGGCUCCGCGCAGCCAGCCGCGUGUGGAGCUCGUGCCACAUCCGCCACCAGGUUGGCCUUGGACAGCGUGUGCAGUGUACAUCCUUCGGAGAGAGACAGAAGGGCGACCAUCGAUGCCAUCGAGUGAACCUGCUUUGCUCCUCCCGCUGCGGCACGCAUGUACGUACAUGCAGACCCAUUGUGGCUGGGAGAAGAGCCACCUCCCGGAUUUGCCAGGUCCCCUGGAGGCAAGGCAGGCGAUACCAGGACAGCCCAGUCCACUGCCUCCUAGCUUUACGAGGCUCGAGCCACCUGCCCAGCGCUCUCCAAGCACUGCUAGGACUCGGACUCCCAGGAUAGGUCCGAUAGGUCCGAUAUGUGUUCGGCUGAAGGUCGUGCCAGGCAGCGUUCCACGGAAGGAGCUGGUCCCGCGAUCACGCAUGGUCCAUGUCGAGCAGUUGCCAUGCAGGCCGGUGUUGCGGGAUCCGAUCAGCUUAAGCCCACGUACCCGGUUUCUGGGGCUCUGGGUGCCCGACCUAGCUGCCCAACCCAAGCGUUUGCCAGCUCAAGCACAGCGCCCAGCGCCCCCAGCGGCAUCCUUGAGCCCAGGCCCAGGCACCCUCGAGCCAUUGAAGCCCAUUGCACCCUCACCUGCACCUCUCUCCAUACAGCCUCCUUGCCCGCCACCUUCCGGCGACCCAAGAUUAAGCAGUUGCGACAGCCCAGAUGGCCGCCGAUCGACCCCCUCCCCACUGACGUCCCCCAGCUUGCACUCCCAUCCACACCGGCCCAACCUCUCCCCACAGACGUCCCCCAGCUUGCACUCCCAUCCACACCGGCCCAACCCCUCCCCACAGACGUCCCCCAACUUGCACUCCCAUCCACACCGGUCCAGCCCCUCCCCACAGACGUCCCCCAGUUUGCACUCCCAUUCACACCGGCCCAACCCCUCCCCAGAAACGUCCCCCAACUUGCACUCCCAUCCACACCGGUCCAGCCCCUCCCCACAGACGUCCCCCAGUUUGCACUCCCAUUCACACCGGCCCAACCCCUCCCCUCCACAUGACAGCUCUUCCGGGCAGGAUGUCUCUCCGGAUUGCUCGCGGCACAACAGCACACCGGCAUGGACCUUCGGUCCACCGCCCAAGCAGAGAGACGGGGGUCCUCCAAGAGGCUCUCCGAAGCGCUAA